AUGGCCGACACACAAGGAACCAGCCGCCCGACCGUCGACGACCUGACUGGCGACAACCACUAUGCCCAAUUGGCGCGCAAGCACUGGCUUAAUAAGACCAAGCAACCAAAGGUCCAGCGCGAUGUGGUUGAGAAAGAGCUUUGGACACAACUAGAACAGGAGGACUUUGGCUCGUUGCUGUUGCUGGAACAAUUGCAGCUGUUGGACUUGUACCUCUGGCCUGGAUACACCGACGAUGCUUCCAACCACCACGUCCUGCUGCUGGCCAUGCUAGUCAACGUGAAGCGCCGCGAAGGCCUUGCUGUAUGGGACUGCUUCCAUCAACAUUCGGAGAACUUCUCGUCCUUGUUUCGCCGCGUACUGUCCAUGACCAUCGACACAACCAUCGCAACCACCCUCCGGACACACCUCCUCACCUUCAUCAUCAUCGCAUACCAAUCGCUCGAUAGUGGCAUUGUCAGGAAGGAGUGCGCUCCACUGGUCAACAUUGCCGUCUGGCACAACCUACACAGCGAACAAGCAAGAGAUGGACAUUUGGAAAAGGCUGUACAACUGCAAAAGGCUUGGAGAGCGGCAAACAAGAGAUAUGAUGGCUCAGAUGCCCCUACACAGGCCCGAUUUCGCUUCGAGAGGUCAUGGCUGUACUCAUUGACCCUCGACUUUUUCGACCGUCUGUACGACACGACUCCCAAAUCUCGCUCGGACAACGUCCUCUACUGCGAACGCUUCGUCGAAUUGCUGUCAGAUCUGCAGAGCCAGUUGCCUACCAGACGCUUUGUCAACACUCUGCUACAGGACCUCAACACCCUGUCCGUCAUCAAGCUAUCGCCCAUGUACGCUGAUGAGGACAAUGCUCUCNUGCGCGAUCUUUACAAUCUUCUUCAACACUACACUACCUUCCCUAUCGAGGACCACAGCGGCAGACAGUACACCUCGCUCGAAUUUGACCAACAACAUCACGCCGCUCUGACGAAAUUGCAGAGAGUCUCUUUCAAGCACUUCCAGGACAAGCUGAAGAUUCUGGUUCUGGCCAACUUUGCCUCAUUAGCCACCCGAGAGGAUCUACAGAGCCAUUUGACUUCUCUGUCAGACGAUGAGGUUGUUGAGCUUUGCGGUCUGCUCGGCUUCCGGACCGACUAUCCUAGCUCGACUCUCGUCACGCGCGACCGCACCUUCUACAUGGAAAUCCUCCUUUCAGCACACGAGAGUGUCCCUAUGUAUCAGCAGACCAUGCAAAACAUGGCUGUCGUGCCGACUGAGAGCACAAUCUACGAUUCUGCCUUUGUUCGCAACGAGAGCUAUAAUGGAACUAGACCCCUGGCUAUCCCAAAGCUGAAUCUUCAAUAUCUGACCAUGGGAGAUUUCCUAUGGAGGUCAUUUGUGUUGUACAGAGCGGAAGCCUUUUAUCAGAUCCGUAAAGACAUUGAGGAUACUGUCAAAAGGUUGCAACCGAGAAAGGCUGGACCUGCUACAAAGUUUGACGGCUUCUCCAAGAUGGCUAUUCCCAUUACCAAACCUGCUCUCAUCGAUGUCGCACCUGCCAAAGUCUCGGAGCUUCACCCUUCCAAGGUAGAGGUUGAGGUGACGCUUGAUGUAGGCCGCUUGGGUCCCAACAUCCGCAAGGAGUGGGAGACACUACGAUCGGGUGACGUCGUGUUUCUGGUGUCUGUCCAGGUGGGAGACACGACAUCGGUUUUCAGCAACGGUGGGUCUGAAUCGGCCGAUGUAGCAGACAGACAUGGUGUCAAGCAUGUGCGCUCUGCCGAAGUAAUCAAUGUGCUUGACGAAAAUGGUCGUAUGCUGCGUGACCAGUCUCAAGCUCAGAGCAAUGGUGCAGCUUCAAAAGGCGGUCGUCAACGUAGACUUCUAGUCCGACUCGACCCUGUUGCAUACCAACAAGACAAGGAACGCACAGACAAGGGUAAGCCGGAUGUUCUUGAAAGCAUCAACCUUCUUGUGAGACGUCAAGGUCGUGAGAACAACUUCAAGUCCAUCUUAGACUCCAUUAAGCAUCUGGCGCUCUCUGAUGUGCCUGCUCCUCAAUGGCUGCAGGAAGUGUUCCUUGGUUACAGUGAUCCUGCUGCUGCAACUUACCAGCGCUUGCCAAACAGACUGAACUCGAUUGAUUAUCGGGAUACAUUCCUUGACUGGCAGCACUUGGUCGAGUCUUUGCCCGGAAAGACUGUAGAGCCGGAUGCACAACAGAACUCGAGCUUCCCUCCGCCAUAUGUGCUUGAGACUACAGCAGCACCGCCACCAGAGGCUAGACCUACUAAGAGACGCAAGCGUGAGCAGGUGGAAGCCGCACCGGCCCCUGCUGUAGAAGCUGUCAAGGUCGGAACUUACAAGCCAGCCAAUCCUGGUCCAUACCCUGUAGAUGCCCCCAAGCUCAACAGUGUACGCUUCACACCCACACAGAUCGAGGCAAUCACAUCAGGAACCCAACCAGGUCUGACUGUGAUUGUCGGUCCUCCCGGAACUGGCAAGACUGAUGUCGCAACACAAAUCAUCAACAACAUCUACCACAACUUCCCAGAACAACGCACGUUACUUGUUGCUCACAGUAAUCAAGCACUCAACCAGCUCUUCCAGAAGAUUACAGCUCUAGACAUUGAUGAGCGUCAUCUUCUCAGACUUGGUCAUGGUGAAGAAGAGCUCGAGACCGAGGCAAGCUAUAGUAAGCAUGGUCGUGUCGAGUCCUUCAUGGAAAACGCCGCUGUACAUCUAUAUGAAGUCAGUCGAUUGGCUGCUAGUAUCGGCGCCCCUGGCGCUCAUGGCAGCAGUUGUGAGACUGCCGACUACUUCAAUCAAGUAUACGUCAAGCCCGCUUGGACGAAAUACUGGGAUGCUGUAAAUGCAGGUGCGGAACCUCAACAGAUGAUCGACUCCUUCCCUUUCCACGCCUACUUCGCCAACGCCCCGCAACCGCUCUUCCCUGCGACUGCCUCUCGUGAAGCGUUGGUCGAUGUUGCCUUGGGCUGCAACAACCAUCUCGACCAUAUCUUCGCAUCUCUCGCCGACACUCGCCCCUUUGAAAUCCUCCGCACAGCCCGCGACAAGGCCAACUACCUCCUCAUCAAGGAAGCUCGCAUUAUUGCUAUGACUUCUACCCACGCCGCCAUGCGCCGUCAAGAAAUUGCCGACCUAGGCUUCCGCUACGACAACAUCAUCAUGGAAGAGGCAGCACAAGUCACCGAGAUCGAGAACUUCAUCCCACUCGCAUUGCAGAAGCCUCGCGGCGGUGAGAUGAAGCUGCAACGUGUAGUCUUGGUUGGCGAUCACCUUCAGAACAGCCCCAUUGUGCAAAACUUGGCAUUCCGUCAGUAUGCAAACUUGGAACAGAGCUUGUUCUUGAGAUUGGUGAGACUGGGUGUACCGACCAUUACAUUGGACCAGCAAGGUCGUGCAAGACCUUCUCUUGCCGAGCUGUACAAAUGGCGAUACACUACUCUGGGCAACCUGCCGCUUGUAACGUCCUCACCACAAUUCUUGCAAGCGAAUGCCGGAUUUGCCUAUGACUACCAGUUCAUCGAUGUGCCUGACUACAAGGGCAAGGGUGAAACCGAGCCGUCACCACAUUUCAUUCAAAACCUGGGAGAAGCCGAGUAUGCCGUUGCCAUCUACAUGUACAUGCGACUACUUGGUUAUCCAGCUGAGAAGAUCAGCAUCUUGACUACAUACGCCGGUCAACGCGCACUAGUCAGAGAUGUACUCAAGCAUCGUUGCCAAAACAACCGUAUGUUUGGUCUUCCAGGCAAGGUCAGCACGGUAGACAAGUACCAAGGCGAGCAAAACGACNUGUAA